GUAUUUUAUAGUUUAGGACGCUCAGAACCUCGCGACUAUCAGCACUUGAGAGUCUUCAGACCAGCGCCUUGCUCUGACACAAUGGAGUCUGUGACGCCUUCGGAGGCACUGCGAGUGUUGGUCAUCGGCGCAGGUUCCGCUGGAUUGUUGAUGGGUCAGAUCUUCAAAAAGGCACGAGCCGGAAUCGAUGUCACCGUCUUCGAGCAAGACGCAAGCCCAACCGCUCGGCCGCGGGAUUGGGAUUUUGGCGUCUACUGGGCUCAAUCCCGUAUUGACGAGUGCUUGACCUCCGAACUGAAGGCGCUGGUCGACACGGUCCAGACCGACCCUUCCUACCGGCGCCACGAGCGGUCCGUACUUCCGGUGUACAACGGCUUCACAGGGGAGCUGAUCAGGGACCUCCCCGCUCCAUAUGCUAUCCGCCUCAGGAGGAGGGCAUGGUUAGACCUCAUCAGAACAGGGCUGGACGUGCGUUAUGGCAAGAAGCUGCAGUCUAUCACUACGACAGACGAGAGUAUCACGGCGGUAUUCGAAGACGGGACUGUGGAGACUGGGGCGCUCCUCAUCGGUGCGGAGGGCGCCCACAGUCCCACGCGUAACUGGCUCUUCCAGUCUUCCCCGGAGGACGCAGCAAUGCAAGACCUGCCCAUCUCGUCAUUCGUGGCCCUGACGAGGCUGGACCGCAAACUUGCAUUAGACCUGAGAGCCGUCCACCCGACAUACUGUAUCGCACUGAACCCCAGCGGCGUAUUCGCGUGGUUCUCCCUACACGAUGGCACCUCGGAAGAUCCUGCCGAGUGGGUUUUCAUGAUCCUCCUCACGUGGCCUUGUAACGACACCGAUGGCAAUGAGGAUCUUGCCAAAGACAGCGAUCUGCUUCUGGACAAAGUCUGCGCACUCGCUAAGCCGCUAGCCUACCCCUUCGACGCGAUGGUCAGGGACAUCCCCCGGGGCACCAGGGCCUGGUACGGUAAACGCGUCAAUUACUGGCCGACCCGGCCCUGGGAUGGCCGCGGUGGACUUGUUACGCUGGCUGGCGACGCCGCGCAUGCCCUAACAUUUCACCGUGGCCAGGGCUUAGGUAACGCCAUCACCGAUGUUGCUGAGCUGCAAACCCAUCUCCGAGCCAUGAAGGCGCACACUCGGGACGAGCUGGCCAAGGCGAUCGCGAAGUACGAGAAGGAGGUCUGGCAGCGCGGGUACGAAGUGGUGAUGGAGAACAGAGAGAACACCCUUACACUACACGACUGGGACAAGGUCUCACAAAGCAUGCUGCUGGUGGCCGGGCUGCAGAGGCAGAAGUCUCAGGAUGGGGGCGACACGAAAACCCGCGGGUAGUUGGACUUCAGCGACAACCCAACAGGUACAACAUUAUACUCACCACAGGGGCUUUUCAGGCACCGAGGGCCAAGGGGGAAGAGUUUCGAGUUUGGACUCGAGUGGAAGGUUCAGUCUGUGAUGGCUCGUCGAGGUUCAGGAGCAAUUAUCAAUAUCGAGAGCUUAAAGAGUUGUACUAGCAGCAUUCU